AUGAGGGCAGGGCGGUCUGCUGCUGCGGUGAGCCGAACGAUCCCCCCCUCUUUUUUUUCCCUCAAUCUCAUCUUGCUUCGUAUCUAUUUACCUGUUUUCAUAUCAGAUUCCCCUCACCUUUUGAAAUGCUUCAAAUUUUUAAGGCGUAGUACAUUUUGGCAUCGUCGUGUUAUUUUAGCUUCUAGUAUAGUUGUGAUGUUCAGUUUCUCACUAGGAUUUCAAAUCUACAAUGCUCGGAAAAAUCAGCGGGUCAUAAGGAUAACGAGUGAUUUUAACCGUCUGAUUUUCUAUGUUAACAUUGGUAUUGGUAUUGCUAUUGCCCUCGUUCCUAAUUUUUUUUCUGGAUCUACUACUAUCAACCAGGAACUGUCCACCCUGGCUGCUGGCGGGACGCCAUGGAAGGGACGGCUGCGUUCUCACCACACGACCCCUCAAAGUUUUCCCGUUCAGAGGCUCCCUUCGCAGACCAAUAACCUGGGGGAGGAAGAGGAUCUCCAAACGUUAAAGAAGCAGGCUGCCCCCAAGAAGACAGCGAGAUGUUGUCAGGCUAGAGCUGUACGGCAAUCGCUGCGGCUCAAUGGCAGAGAUUCUAAGCAUCCAAUCAUGAUAGACAAUGAAGUAAAUGAGGAACAUAAGGCCAGCGCUGAUCAAUCAGCAAUUAUGGUUCUCCGCAGAUCCCCACGGUUUCAUGUGGAAGAUAAGAGUUUGGGCAAGCCGCUGUUGCCACCAAAUCGCCUGGAGACCCCUCCUAACAGAAAGAGUAAAAGUGCUCAUUUGAAAGACAAAAAUCAAGAGAGUCUGAAAAGUGAUAGGAGAAAUGCUGGAUUGGAGCCUUUGGCAAGGAUGAAAAGGCAGAAUGAGCCCCAGUUACUUUGUCAAGAUCCCCGAGGCAUCACCCCCAGGAAAAAUAUUGCAGAUGUAUCUAACAAAAAGAGUGAGAAGAAAGAGUUAAUGCCCACUAAUUGUAAAGUGUUGACAGGAAAGAGGAAGAGAGGCACAAAAAGGAGCUUGCCAUCGAAGAAGCAAAGUUGCCAAGAGCCAAAACCAUUCCCUACAAAUCGCCAAGAAAUUGCACCUUGUGAUGAACCCAGAAAAUCUACCCACAGAAGGAUUGAAAAGGAACCUUCUGUUGUGGUGAAGCCUAAAAGUAGUGAUGAGGAAUUGACAAACAUUGAUGAAAACAUCAGCAAACCAAGUGGGACUGAAAGAGAAGGAGUGGAAAAUUUUUGUAGUUCUGAUGAUUGGACGAAAGAGCAGGACAUGGCAUUGCGCAAAGCUUACUUCACUGCCCGACCAUCCCCACAUUUCUGGAAGAGAGUUUCAAAAAUGGUGCCAGGGAGAUCUGCUGAAGACUGCUUCAACAGAAUUCAUGCUGACCUCACGACACCAACUCCAAUAGCCCCACGUCCCAGAACAAGUAAAACAACAUUUUCUCCUAUAGGAAAUUUCACAUUGUCUGAUACAAAACUUCCAAAUCUCUUGGAACCUAGAGUUGCAAGGCAAAGGACCGCUAAACAGAAGGGUCUAGCAGCACAGAAGACAGUGAGGCAUUUGUUGCAGAAGCAUUGUGUCAUUGAUCAAGCUCAAGAGGCUGAUCACUUCUCAGUUUUUGAAAGCUCACCAAGUGCCUUACAAUUGAACUUAUCUUUUGAAGAUUCUCAUGGGACCCCUGACAGUUAUACGAAUUCAGGUUCUCUAGGCAAAUGCAGUGGAAGCACUUCAGCACGAAAGAAACCAUUUUCAAGGUUAAGAACUAAGCCAUCUGAACCGAGCCCAGAAGUUCUCAAGCCUAUAAAGAAUGUUAUCUUACAUGAGAAGUACAUUGAUCAAUUGUCACGUAGAGAAUACACAAAAAGGCCUCGCAAAAGGACUCCAGGCUCUAAAGCUGCUGAUUCUGAGAAGGUUCUUUCUGAGCAGAAAGCUGGUAGUCUGAAGGCCGCUAAAAAUGCUCUCUUCUCAGAAGCAACUGACUUUAUAAGCAGUUUUAAGAAGCUGCAAGCCUAUUCCCUUGCACAUGUUGUGGAGAAUAGUGAAGAUGAUGAGAUUGAAUGUGAUGAUGGAAAUGGGAAGGAAAAAGAGACAAAGAGCAUUGUUACAGAGGCAUCUCAAGUUCUCACCAUCUUGACUUGUCGCCUUGUCGGUAGUCUUGGGCUCCGGGCCGAGGAAGUGAGCAGCUGGUGCAGCUCGGGCAUUGACGCUACCCAACCCGUAUUCCAGCUCACUGUGAUGCCACAGUGGUUGAGCAGCAAGAGGCCUGCUAUUAGUUCAGAAAAGGCUAGAAUGAGAACGGUAAGGUAG